AUGGCGGAUGCUAUUUGUGUGGAGGCUGACGGCGAUGCUUUGGACACCAACUGCUCUAAAGGUGCCGACGUCACUUGUGUCAUGCCUGAUGAGACUUGUGUUGUAGAUGGGGACGUGGCGGGAGAUGCCACGUGUGUUGCAGCUGCUGGUUCAAGUUGUGUUGUGGAUGGCAAUACGGCUGGACACUCCAGUUGUGUUGUGGCCUCCUUGGCCACUCCUGUUGUGGCUGGUGACGCGGCUGGUGCAACCACUUGUGGUGCAGCUGCUCGUUCAAGUGGUACUGUGGAUGGUGACGCGGGUGGAGACGCCUCUUCUCUUGUGGCUUCUGCUGGCUCUCCUCCUGUGUCCGGCAACGUGGCUGGCGAUACCUGCAGCGUUGCAGUGGGCGACGUGGCUGGUGACGCCGCUGUUGUAGCUAAUGCUGGCUCCUCUGGCAGCAGGACUGGUGACAGAACGCAUGUUGUGUCUGGCAGCAGGACUGGUGGCACAGUGAGUGCUGAAUCGGGCAGCAGGACUGGUGACACAGCGUGUGCUGAAUCGGGCAGCAGGACUGGUGGCACAGUGUGUGGUGAAUCGGGCAGCAGGACUGGUAGCACAGUGAGUGCUGAAUCCGGCAGCAGGACUGGUGGCACAGUGUGUUCUGAAUCGGGCAGCAGGACUGGUGACACAGCGUGUGCUGAAUCCGGCAGCGGGACUGGUGGCACAGUGAGUGCUGAAUCCGGCAGCAGGUCUGGUGGCACAGCGAGUGCUGUAUGUGGCAACAAGAUUGGUGCCUUGAUGGGUGUUGUAUCUGGCAACAGGACUGGUGAUAGGAUGCAUGCUGUAGCAGGCAAUGGGGAUGCUGGCAGCAGGACUGGUGACAGAACGCGUGUUGUGUCUGGCAGCAGGACUGGUGGCACAGUGUGUGCUGAAUCGGGCAGCAGGACUGGUGACACAGCGUGUGCUGAAUCGGGCAGCGGGACUGGGGGCACAGUGUGUGCUGAAUCGGGCAGCAGGACUGGUGACACAGCGUGUGCUGAAUCCGGCAGCAGGACUGGUGGUACAGUGUGUUCUGAAUCGGGCAGCAGGACUGGUGACACAGCGUGUGCUGAAUCCGGCAGCAGGACUGGUGACACAGCGUGUGCUGAAUCGGGCAGCAGGACUGGUGACACAGUGUGUGCUGAAUCCGGCAGCAGCACUGGUGACACAGCGUGUGCUGAAUCGGGCAGCAGGACUGGUGGCACAGUGUGUGCUGAAUCGGGCAGCGGGACUGGUGACACAGCGUGUGCUGAAUCCGGCAGCAGGACUGGUGAUACUGCGUGUGCUGUAUCUGGCAACAGUGUUGGUGCCUUGAUGGGUGUUGUAUCUGGCAACAGGAUUGGUGCCUUGAUGGGUGUUGUAUCUGGCAACAGGACUGGUGACAGGAUGCAUGCUGUAGCAGGUGCCGACGUCACUUGUGUCAUGCCUGAUGAGACAUGUGUUGUAGAUGGAGACGUGGCGGGAGAUGGCAUGUGUGUUGGAGCUGCUGGUUCAAGUUGUGUUGUGGAUGGCAAUACGGCUGGACACUCCAGUUGUGUUGUGGCCUCCUUGGCCACUCCUGUUGUGGCUGGUGACGCGGCUGGUGCAACCACUUGUGGUGCAGCUGGUCGUUCAAGUGGUACUGUGGAUGGUGACGCAGGUGGAGACGCCUCUUCUCUUGUGGCUUCUGCUGGCUCUCCUCCUGUGUCCGGCAACGUGGCUGGCGAUACCUGCAGUGUAGCAGUGGGCGGCGUGGCUGGUGACGCCGCUGUUGUAGCUAAUGCUGGCUCCUGUGAGAAAAAGAUAUAA